AGUCGUGCAGCGCGUGCGAAGUCUACGAGUCACACUUCUGAACUUGCUCGUGUUUACACGACAGUGUAACUUCGGUCCGCUCCCACUCUCUCCGGCUCUGUCCCUCGCGCUCGCGCUCCCGUCCCGGGGUUUAUCUCUCGCGCUGUCGCGUCUCUAUCGGACGCGCGUGUGCGUGUGCUUGCGCCGCGUACAUAUCUCGUGUGCAAAGUAACGUGCCGCGGGUGCGUGCGAGCGCGCGCGCGUGUGUGUGUGUGGUGUGUGGUAGGUGUACGUGUAUGUGUGCGCGCAUACAAAUGUGCGCAUAUGUGUGCGCGCGCAUGGAGCUCAUAUGCGUUAUGUACAUCGUGGGGCCGCAGUGAUACACCGUUCCUGUGUUGCGAGACGCUUACGGUCUGAGCGCGCGCGACAAAGCGAGUUUCGCCGAGGACGAGAGCCGCGUCCGGCGGCGGCAGCGACGACAACAACAACGACGACGACGACGACCAUCACCGGGUUCUCGUCUAUCGAUACCGCGGUACGGUGAGUCGAGGCGAGUCGAGGCGACGACGACAGUGGGCCUAGCGAGCGAGCGUACGAAGUGAACGGACGACAGCGACGACGACGUCGUCGAUAACGCGAGUCGGUGCGGCGUGCAAGUGAGCGCGGGCGUCGCGAUCGCGCGAUCGAAGACAAUAGGACGCGCGCGGCGGUGACGCGAGACCGUGGCACGAUACCGGAAAGACGGUGAGAGGUGUGCGGGAAGGAAGUAGAAGAACGAUGAGGACUUCGACGGCGGCGACAGCGACAGCGACAGUGCUGGCGACGACGACGAGGCGCCCCCAGCGACGCACCUGAAUCGCUGACGAUUACGACGACGACGACGACGACGACGACGUCGUCGUGAUGCGUCGCACCGUGUCGCUCCAGUAUCGCGCAGCAGCAGGCACCUCGCUCCAGUUGUGACGCGACGUGUUCGUGACGUGACGCGACGAAAGCGGGACGGAGAAGACCUUCUUCUUGUCGGUGUGCGAGUGAGUGAGUGAGCGAGCGAGCUAGACGGAGAGGUGGUGAGAAAGAGAGAGAAAGAGAAACGGAAACACACCUCCCGCGAGCUCCUUUCUGUGUGCGUGUAGUGAAGACGGAGACGGCGAUAUAGCAGCGAGCCAGCGAGAGAGAAAGAGAGACAGUCGUAGACUGAAAGAGCGCGCCCAAGUGUGUGCACCUUUUCCUCGGGGUCGCGUUUCGUUUGACACGACGUCGCACGUCGGCGACGUAAGCACGCCGAGCGAUUACCGUUCGCCGUUCGCUCGGGUGAGCGAGACAGACGCCGCUCACACGUAUACACACGGGGGAACGCGCGUAGCAGCGCGCGCGCGAGUCCCCGAUCUCCCGUUCUUUUCACCACUCGGCCGUCCAGCGGCGCACGAAGGAACGGCGGCGCACUUGUGUUUACGCUAGAAGCAUUGACCGGCCACUACGGCGACCAUGUACGCCAAGGGAAAAGGGUCAUCAGUGCCCUCGGACUCUCAGGCGAGAGAAAAAUUGGCACUUUACGUGUACGAAUAUUUGUUACAUGUGGGGGCACAAAAAGCGGCACAAACGUUCCUGUCAGAGAUUCGAUGGGAGAAAAAUAUUACGUUGGGAGAACCACCUGGGUUUUUGCACUCCUGGUGGUGUGUGUUUUGGGAUCUGUACUGCGCAGCGCCCGAGAGAAGAGACUCAUGUGAACACAGCAGUGAGGCCAAAGCGUUUCAUGACUAUGGAUUCGUGAAUAGUGCUUACAACGUCAAUGGCAUCGCACACAAUGCUGGGCCAGCCCCAUCUCCAAUUGGUCAAAUGCCACCAAACGACGGAAUGCCUGGUGGCCCCAUGCCUCCCGCUUUCUUCCCAAACAACUCGACAAUGCGACCAUCUCCGCCCACACACCCCUCAUCACAGCCAUCCCCCCAGCACCCCCAGCCACCCCCGCCCCCACACUCGCAGAUGAUGUCCACCCAGUUUAUGGGCCCUAGAUAUCCAGCUGGACCACGACCUGGAGUACGUAUGCCACAAAUGGGAAAUGACUUUAACGGACCACCGGGACAGCCAAUGAUGCCAAAUAGUAUGGAUCCUACCAGGCAAGGCGAAGCUGGAGAAUUUGUAGGGUGGCAAGGUCCACCGGGAAUGAACCCAAUGAACCCGAGAAUGAAUCCUCCGCGAGGUCCAGGGAUGGGACCGAUGGGUCCUGGCAGUUACGGUCCAGGCAUGAGAGGUCCACCGCCCAAUAGCACUUUGGGCCCAGGUGGGCCGGGAGGUCCUGGAAUGCCACCGAUGAGUAUGGCCGCUCCGGGUGGUAGACAACAGUGGCAACCCAACACAUCUACGCCAAUGAAUUAUUCGUCGUCAUCGCCGGGCAACUACGGAGGGCCGCCUGGAUCAACGGGUCCGCCGGGACCCGGUACACCUAUCAUGCCUAGCCCACAGGAUAGCAGCAACAGCGGAGGAGAAAAUAUGUAUACCAUAAUGAAGCCUGUACCUGGGGGAAAUAUGCCGGGUGAUUUUCCAAUGAGCGGCGGACCUGAGGGCGGUCCAAUGGGACCCAUGGGUCCCAAUACGAUGGGUCCGGUUUUAAACGGUGACGGUCUCGACGGGAUGAAAAACAGUCCAGCGAACGGUGGUCCUGGUACACCACGGGAAGAUAGCGGCAGCGGAAUGGGUGAUUAUAAUCUGGGUGGAUUCGGAGCUCCUGGAGAGAAUGAUCAGACCGAGUCGGCGGCCAUCCUGAAGAUCAAGGAGAGCAUGCAGGAGGAGGCGAAGAGGUUUGAGAAGGACUCAGACCAUCCCGAUUAUUUCAUACAAUAACUCUUCACGAGUCGUUGGACCCCGACCAAAUUAACAAUAUAAGAGAUAAACGCAAUUUUUCCUUUCUUCCUUUAGUCCGAGAACCAUCUCCAUCCUCUCUCUCCCUUCUCUCGUCCCCUCCCCCCCACCACCCCUACCUCUUCUUCGUCUCCUCGCAGUGAAAUCACUUGUGCAUCCGUACGUUUUCCUUUCCCAUUCAACCCUCUCUCGGAUGGAAACCUUUUGAUGCACCUCACCACAUAUAAAGAUCUUCCUCUCCUCUCUUCUUUCCGAAGCCGUCGAACGGCGUUAGAUCGAUCUCCGUGAGGAAGGGCGCAAGAGACCCCCUUCUGCGCGCAUUGCUGACCCCCCAUCCUUUUUGUCGCGCGCUGCUGCAAGGAGGACCACGAUGUCAGGACGGGAGAGACCGACCUUCGUGACAGAGACAAAGAGAGAAAGAGAGCAUCGAAUUCGCGCGACUCUCGCGCGCGACCGACCGACGUUCUCGCACAGCGAUGUUGUACAGUAUCGAACAUUGAUGGUGUUGUUAUCCUUGGGGGAGGGUGCUCGCGCCAUUUUGAGCGAACGAGUAACCGCGGUCAAGCUCACUUAAAAUUUCCCUCAACGUGCCGCUCUCGCGAGCCAAUCAAAGCAAACCUGUAUCGGAUACUCGCAAUAAAGAGUUCUUUUUUUUUUCGUUCUGCAUUUCCUUAUACGAAGUAAAGUAUUUCUCGAACUUUAUUUUUAGUUAAAAAAUUCGCAUUUCCUGCGCGUUUGUUAUUCGUUCGCUUAGCGUACGUCCAACCCUUAGGAUGCGGCCGCGAACACUGUUCCAGUAUCUCUUACUUAGUACAUGACGAAAAGAGAGAGAGAGAAAGAGAGAGAGUGUGUGCAUGUGUGUGAUAGUAUUAUAUUAGCGUAAACGUUAAACUUCUGAAAAUUUUUACGAUCAGGAUCACGGUCGAAUUUCCAGGAUAAGCCCGCGAAAUUUUCUAAAUAAAUAUUCUUGAUCGUAGUCGUCAUCCGUUCCGCGCAACAAUCUCUAUUAAGAACUCUGUUAUACAGCCAAGUUCGUACAAUCGAGGAUUGUGGUCGUACAAUUUAACUAUGAUUAACUCUUUCUCUGUAGCUGAAUUCAAUUGAUUAUAUUGAUUUGGCAAGAGCCAGGCACGAGUCUGGUCGUCAUAGUCAAUGCAACUGUGAGGAAUGUAUCGUUAAUUGAGACCUGGUUCGAGGAAAUUCAAACCAGGUCGACGUCGAUCAACGUCGUGAGAGCCGCAAGACGGAUGACUACGACCGCUUGAACUACCAGGAGGAUUAAUCUAUCGGAAAAGAGAAAGAGAGAAAAAGCCAAAAAAAAAGAACACUUUGUUAUAUAGCUGUUAUAUGGAACCAUGGAUACGUAAAGUCGUCAGCAGUGGCGCGAUAAGACGUUUACGACGGCGAGGACUAGAGCUGCGUCGCCCAAACGUGGGAGAUCUUUUGGUAUUCCGAUUGGCGUCACGAUCGCGCGAGGACCAAAUUUAUUUCUACCGAUACGAUAAGUAUUGCGAUUAUCUCGGCACGAACGAUCCGAAUGAAUUUACGAAAAGAAAAGAAGGAGCGCUCAGUCUCUACCGGUUACAAAGUAUUCUGCCAGGAUCUAAACUUCUCCUCGAUUACGUUCCGCGAUGACCGAUCGUGACGUUUCAAGGUAUCGCAAUCCGAAACCGAACUUGAACCUUCGCUGCAACUAAUCGUGGUUUCAAAUCUAGCAUAAUUUGAAUUUUUAUUCUCACGAAAAAGAAGAUAUGUUGUCAUAAUUAUAUUGAAUAUAAUAAUUUUCUCGUUAUAUAAUUACAUAUUAUCCUUUCACGAGUAAUGGCCUUUCAGUUUAAUUAAGCGCAAUCUUUGCAUGUUAUUAUUGUGCAAUAAUAUUAAAUAAUAUAUCGAUACAUAGAGGCUGCUUGGAUCUUGCAGUCAUCAAGUAUUUACGAUUUUUGUGAAAAAUACGCCUAUCUAAUGGCUAAAUUAAUAAAAAUAUUCGUGCUAGGAAAAUGAAUAUGUCUAUUGUGCUUUGUAACCGGUGAUGAUUGUUGAGACCUCUACAUUGUUACAAUUUCAGAUAAUGCUGGAUCGAACACUUUUAUAUGAUUUCAAUUUGUAUGUGAAAAUAAUAUAUCGUACACGCGAGAGAAAUUGUUAUUAGAUUUUAUAUACGAUACGUUUUUUCCAAAGCCGAAUAAUUCGUUUUGACGUCCCAUUGACUCAGACAUCUGAAACACUGAAAAUCGCCGAUCGAACUUCACUGCUGUAUCAUCGAUCAAUUAUGUAUUUAAUGAUAUACAUGUUUGUUGAGAGUCGUUUCAAGCGCAUCGUCCCUUUCAUAAAAUCAAAAACGCACCUAGUAGUCCUCUCGAUAAUUAAAUUACAGAUUAAUUUAGCGCACAGUCGAUUAUUAUUUUUUCUUCUUUUUCGGCGGAUAAGAGAAAAAAAAUGGUAAUCUCGAUCGCUCUCUCUCUAGCGUUGAAUUCAGGAUAUCUUACACAGGUAUUUUGUAUAAAGAAUUAGAAUAUGAGUUUCCAUAAGGAGUUUUUUCUGCGGAUCUUCUCUCUGGGCGCGCUGCAUUAAUUCAUUUAGCCUGUUCUCUCCGGAUGCAUACCCUCUACGCUUUUCCUCUUCCUUUUUUCUCUUUCCAAAGCGUAAACGUAUAGUUGCUUCGUUUUAAGUGCAGAAAGCGUGAAAAGGGUUGUGCAAUUGCCGGAUGAGAACAGAUCUGAAUGAUCAAUCGAGACGCGUAUCGCGCGACGGAGGAGGACAAUUGGGUAAUUUUAUUGUCGAGUUACUUUGGUCCAGUUUCGGACAAGCUGAUGGCAAUGGAGCAUCGCAAUCCCUAGACGGGAGCUGCGCCUUAUGUUACGUCCUUGUACAUGUAUAUUGCUAAGUUCUUAAAUGUAUGUACAUCGCGGACUCAAUCAUUAUCUCGCGCCUCUUGCAUUUCUUAUUUAAGAAUGUAUAUCGGCAAUGCGAAACGUGCGAGUGUAAAAAGAAGAUAGAAAAGAAAAAGAAAACGCAAGAAUUUGUCUUUCCCGAGGAAAAACGCGUUUAACUCUUUCACUACUUUAAGCAAGAUUGAGUUAUCAAAUCGUGACACGGGGAACUCCUCUUUUGACGAACGGUCUUCUCUCGGUGGGACCGAGAAGUGAAAAAUUCGUAAAGCCAUCGAGUGAAAGAGUUGAAGGCGGAGUUCGAGAUAGUGAUCGAGUCCGUGCGUUUAUUAGUUUACGUAUUCGCGAUCGAGAGGGACCGAUCCGAUAUCGAUCGCGACCGAAGGGCAUGAAGAAAAGAGAGAAAACUUAGGUAUUAUGUAAAUCGAGUCGCGCGCACGCGGCGUGUUCUCUUCGCGUAAAAAAAAAAACAGCCGGAGAAAUCGGAGCGGGCAGGAGCGCUUGAUCGCGCGUGGUCGACGGGGCGAGAACCUCUUCGAGACGGGGCGGACCGCGUCCCGCAUAUUCGGAGCCGCGUCCAUCCUUCCCAUGUAACCCUCGCGUCCGGCCCUCCCACCCUCCUCCCCUUCUCCUCCUUGUAAUUAACUUACACACGUACGCGUAAUCAUUUAUAACACACGCGUCUCACACACGGGCUGUAAAACUCGCGCGGCAGACCUCACGCAUUCUACGGAUUCACGCAUGAUCUAUCGACAUAAUUAUAGAAAUACCUACUACGAGUAUAGCAUUCAGUAGCAUAAAUAAUAAAGUAAUUAAAUAAAUGUCAUCUGUAUAUCCUAU